CACAAACUCAAACUCAAAAUCCAGACACUUGAACAGAACAACCCCAUGGAACACGACUCAGAAGCAUCAUGCGAAACAGGUUCUCCGACAACAGUUCAGAGUAGUGGGUAUUCAGACGAGGAAGUGAUACUCGCAUCGUCGCGGCCGAAGAAGCGAGCUGGGAGAAGAGUGUUCAAGGAGACUAGGCACCCCGUGUACCGGGGAGUGCGACGGAGGAAUAACAACAAGUGGGUCUGCGAGAUGCGAGUUCCCAACAACAAUUCACGGAUUUGGCUCGGCACCUACCCCACGCCGGAAAUGGCUGCGCGGGCGCACGACGUUGCGGCCCUCGCGCUCCGGGGAAAGUCCGCCUGCCUCAAUUUCGCCGACUCCGUGUGGCGGCUGGCGGUGCCUGACAGCACAGACGCGGAGGAGAUACGGCGAGCGGCGGUGGAGGCUGCGGAGGCAUUUAUGGGUGAGGAUGUUAGCCAACAGCAGAGGAAUGAAGGAAUUGAAGAGCCCCCGCGACUGCAACAAGAAGAGAUGUCGGAAGUUGAAGAGUUGCAUGAUUUGCUUCUGCGAAUUGCGAAUGAGCCUUUGAUGUCUCCUCCUCCUUGUGUGAGAGAUGGUAGGGAGUGGAAUGACGUGGAGAUAUUUGAUGCUGAGGUUUCGCUGUGGAGCUUUUCAAUUUGACGCGUACCUACUACACCACACUUGGAUCAACUCCAUUAAUGAAGGAUAGUAGUACCUUUUUGGAGUAUGAUUGGAAAAGAGAGCUCCUUUUUCUCUCUGCAAUUUGUGCAUACCAAGUUUCUAGUUGCCACUCGAUUUUGUUUAGGGAACAUAUGUAGUUGUAUUCUAUACACUUGUCUGUGUUGUGAUUUUAAUCACAAGUAUAAGCUGCAGUA